AUGGCUGCCACUGCUCGCUCUGUCCUCAAGGUGUCUCGAACACCCUUUGCUAGGAGUCUGGUCUCGUCUUCGCGCUUCUCGACCACUGCGGCGAAGAACACGAACCUCAAGGAGAGGUUGGCUCAGCUCAUCCCGGCAGAACUUGAGAAUGUCAAGGCCGUACGCGCAGAACAUGGCAAGAAGUCAUUUGGACCCGUUCUCGUAGACCAACUUUAUGGUGGUAUGCGGGGACUCCCUGCUCUCAUUUGGGACGGUUCAGUGCUGGAUGCAGAGGAGGGUAUACGUUUCCGUGGAAAGACAAUCCCAGAAUGUCAAGCACUUCUGCCCAAAGCCCCCGGCGGUCAGGAGCCUUUGCCUGAGGGUCUCUUCUGGUUACUUGUCACCGGAGAAAUCCCCACCCAGGAGCAGGUUACUGAGCUCUCGAAAGACUGGGCUGCUCGUUCCGCUCUUCCCGAGUUUGUCGAAGAGCUCUUGGACCGAUGCCCACCAACCCUCCAUCCAAUGAGUCAGUUCAGCUUGGCUGUCACUGCCCUCAACCACGACUCCGCGUUCGCUAAGGCAUACCAAGAUGGUAUCUCCAAGAAGGAAUAUUGGGGACCGGUCUUUGAAGAUUGCAUGGAUCUCAUUGCCAAACUCCCUAACAUUGCUGGCCGCAUCUACCGCAAUGUUUUCGGAAAGGGCAAGCUUCCUUCGAUCGAUGCUAGCAAGGAUUACUCUCACAACCUUGCUACGCUCCUUGGGUUUGGGGAUAACGAGGCGUUUGUUGAAUUGAUGAGAUUGUAUAUCACCAUCCACAGUGACCAUGAGGGUGGCAACGUCUCUGCCCACACAGGUAAACUUGUCGGCUCAGCGCUCUCGGACCCUUUCCUUGCUUUCGCCGCGUCCUUGAAUGGUCUUGCUGGCCCCUUGCACGGAUUGGCUAACCAAGAAGUGUUGCUCUGGCUCCGCAAGAUGCAGUCUCAGAUUGGCGAGAAUGCCACGGACGAGGCUGUCAAGGAAUACGUCUGGGCUACCCUCAAGGGCGGUCAGGUCGUUCCAGGAUACGGUCACGCUGUACUCAGAAAAACGGAUCCCCGCUACACUGCUCAGCGUGAAUUCGCAUUGAAGCACAUGCCCGAUGACCCGUUGUUCAAGCUCGUUGGUCAAAUCUACAACAUCGUCCCUGAUAUUCUCCUUGAGGCUGGCAAGGCCAAGAACCCGUGGCCCAACGUUGAUGCCCACUCGGGUGCCCUCCUUACUCACUACGGCCUCACCCAAAUGCAAUUCUACACUGUGCUCUUUGGUGUGUCGCGUGCCUUUGGUGUCGCUGCUCAGUUGAUCUGGGACCGUGCCCUUGGAGCUCCUCUCGAGCGUCCCAAGUCAUAUUCAACUGCCGCUAUCGACAAGAUGUUCAAGGGCAAGCAGUAA